CAUAGAGUUUGAAGCCACUUAUAUAAUACAUUCUUUUUAUCAAACUGAUGUUAGAACCACUAAUUGAUACUGCCUGAAAGCCAUCUCCAUUAAUAUAUCUUUAUUAUAAUGGAAAAGUGUCGUUAUUUGAAUUUCCCUGAGAUUUUAUCUCAUUACUUAACCAGACGAUUUUCACAAUUAUUUUCAUUAAAAUGGUCAUUAAUAUUAAGCAGUUUUUCAAAUGAUCAAAACGAUAAGCCAUUGUGUACAAUCAAAACUCGAAUUGGAUUGAUUCGAGGGAAACCAAAUAUUACAUUGUUCAAUAGACAAUUGUAUUAUUCAUUUCGUGGAAUACCAUUUGCUAAACCACCAAUAAAAGAACAUAGAUUCAAAGCACCACAGAAGAUCGACCCAUUUAACGGUACAUUUGACGCAUUCGAAUUUGGUAACGAUUGCGUUCAACCCGAUUUAAAAAAGAAAAUCUUCUUUGGAGACGAAAAUUGUUUGUACUUAAAUCUGUUCAUUCCAUUGGAAUGUUCAGCGAUGAACAAAAGCGUAAAAUUAACGGUGAUGUUCUAUAUUUUUGGUGGAAAAUUUUCAUUCGGUUCGGCACGUUUUUAUGGCGCUGACUUUUUUAUGGAAACAAAUGUUAUUGUUGUGACAUUCAAUUACAGAGUCGGUCCACAUGGUUUCCUAUCUUUGGGAUUACCCGAGUAUUCAGGUAAUAUGGCAAUGAAGGACCAAUUACGUGCUUUGGAGUGGGUCAAUGAAAAUAUUGAACUAUUCGGCGGCGAUAAAAGUAAUAUCGUUCUUUUUGGCCACAGUUCAGGUGCUGCAUCAGUAAAUCUUCAUAUGAUUUCACCGACUGCUAGUCAUUUAUUUCACAAGGCAAUCAUGAUGAGUGGCUCAGCAUUGAAUCCAUUUUUACCAAGACAUCAAGAUCAUUCAUCUAUACUUUAUAAUUUAGCGGAAAAUCUACGAUAUCCCGCUUCGAAUAAACGAGAUCUCAUAAAAUUUCUUAAUGAAAUUGAUGGAAAACUUUUGUCCAAAAUGACAUUUCAAGAUGAUUACAAUCCAGGCUUCAGUCGUAAGACUUUUAAUCGUAUUUGGACUGUUUGCAUUGAAGAACCAAAUGCAAUUGAUCCAUUUAUAACAGUGGCACCUUUUAAUAUCCUGACAAAUCAAAGCUUUGAAAAUAAAUUUGAUACACUCUUCAGCAGUUCACCCAAAGAAUUUGUACUUUCUGCGGAGGAAAAUUGUCCAGAGCUCUUAACAAAUUUUGAUAAAUUUUUUGAAAUUGGUCUCCCUCUGGAAAUGGCCCAAUUAGACUUCAACUCCGAUAAUUAUAAAAAUAUAUCGACGGAAGUUCGACGUUUUUAUUUCGAUGGAAAGCAGGUUAAUGCAGAAACAUUGCACAAAAUGAAUAUGUUGAUGACCGAUAUCAAUUUUUUAUAUGGAAUAUUUUUGAGUGCCCGCAUACAAGCGGCAAAAUCAAAAGGACGCACAUUUUUCAGCAAGUUUUCAGUUGAAAAUGAUUGGAAUGUUAGUUGGAGAAAAGCCAAGCGCAGCAAUUUCACAACGGAUUAUGCAGCUCAUACCGAUCAAUUGUAUUACAUUUUUCGAUUUUCUGCCACCACUGACAUUUUUCCAGAUGAAGCAUAUCAAACACUGAAAGAAAAUUCGAUGCAGCGCGACAUUAUCCGAAAUAUUACGAAUUUUUAUGCAAAUUUCGCAAAAUUCACAAAUCCAAUUCCGGAAAAUGAACCAAAUGAAUUUGUUGCAUCCCAAACCAGACAAUUCAACUAUUUCGAUGUAACGAAUGAAGACAUUUUCCUAAAAACAAAUCCAGAGCUUGAGCGAAUUGAAUUUUGGGAUAAAAUUUUCGAAAUAAAUAAACAAAUAUGGAAUACUAGUUUUAAUUUUUGUUCGGAUUAA